GUGCCGGGACCAGGAGCCUCCGCGAGCAAGAUGGCCGCUCCCGAGACCGAGGCCGAGGGGCGCGGGCAUUAGGUCCCCACCGCGCGCCCUCCCUCCAGCUGCUUGCGCCCCCACGAAGGCCUCGCGCUUCUAGCCAACAAAUCCGCAUGGAUUACUCUCGCUGUGGGCGCGAGGCCAUUCCAAUAGAGCCUUAGUUGCCCCAGGGAGAGAACUCGGGCAUUUGGCUGCUCGGAGCUGGAACCUCUGGGAGGUCUGCUGCAACAGGUGCGACAGUGACUGCUCCAUGCUCGCGGGCGCGGGGAGGCUUGGCCUCCCCCGGGGCGGCCACCUCUGCUGGUUGCUGUGUGCUUUCACCUUAAAGCUCUGCGAAGCAGAGGCCCCGGUGCUCGAGGAGAAGUUGUCAGUGAGCUCCUCAACUUCGCCAUGUUGGCUGAUGGAAGAGUUCGUAGUGACUGAAGAGUGUACUCCGUGUUCUAACUUCCAGAUUAAAACAACGCCUGAGUGUAGUUCUACAGGGUAUGUGGAGAAAAUCACAUGCAGCUCAUCUAAAAGGAAUGAAUUCAAAAGCUGCCGUUCAGCUCUGAUGGAACAACACUUAUUCUGGAAGUUUGAAGGCACCAUGGUGGGUGUGGCUUUAGUCUUCGCUUGCCUUGUCAUCAUUCGUCAAAGACAACUGGAUAGAAAGGCUCUUGAAAAGGUCCGGAAGCAAAUUGAGUCCAUAUAGCUGAAUCCCACUGUAUUAUGCUGGGUCUUGCAGACUGGAUCUCGUAUGAAGAAGGUUCAGUAGGAGAAUUUGCACUCUGUGUCUGUGGUACUAGCACCUUCCCCUGACUUCUUCCAGACCAUUAAUGAGCACAAUAAAAUGUGAAAUAGAGCUGGGCAUGGUGGCACACACUUGUAAUCCCAGCACUUGAGAGAGGGGGGCUGGAGGCUACUUGGUAAAUUUGUAGGUAGGCUAGGCUGAACUACAUAAUAAGACUGUCUUUAAAAAGAAAAAACUAAUAAAGGACUAAAACAAU